AUCACAGUUUGAGGGGAGACUAGAGAUGAACGACAAUAACUUCAGUUUAACAAUCAGAGAACUGACACUGCAAGACUCAGGGGAAUUUCUAGUUUCUGCAGCAUCAAACGAAGGACUACACACAUUAACGAUCACAGGAAAGUACGUUUUCAACGAUUCUUUGUCAAAUUAGUGAACAAUUUGAACAUUUUCACAACUUCUAAAAGUUGCUGCGACUCUACUGGUGAAGCAGUCACAUAAUCAAAUCAAAUGUUAUUAGUCACAGGUGCCGAAUACAACAGGUGUAAACUUUUCUGUGAAAUGCUUACUUACAAGCCCUUAACCAACAUUGCAGUUUUAAGAAAAUAGAGUUAAGAAAAUAUUUAGUAAAUAAACAAUAAUGGGGCUACAUACAGGGGGUACUGGUACCGAGUCAAUGUGCAGGGGUACAGGUUAGUCAAGGUAAUUUGUACAUGAAGGUAGGGGUAAAGUGAAUAUAUGCAUAGAUAAUAAACAGCGGGGGGGCGGUCAUUACAAAUAGUCCAGGUGGCCAUUUUAUUAAUUUUGCAGCAGUCUUACGGCUUGGGGGUAGAAGCUGUUAAGGAGCCUUUUGGACCUAGACUUGGCGCUCCGGCACCGCUUGCCGUGCGGUAGCAGAGAGAACAGUCUAUGACUUGGGGGACUGGAGUCUUUGACAAUUUUUUGGGCCUUCCUCUGACACCGCCUAGUAUAUAGGUCCUGGAUGGCAGGAAGCUUGGCCCCAGUAAUGUACUGGGCCGUACGCACUACCCGCUGUAGCGCCUUACGGUCGGAUGCCGAGCAGUUGCCAUACCAGGCGGUGAUGGAACCGGUCAGGAUGCUCUCGAUGGUGCAGCUGUAGAACUUUAUGAGGAUCUGGGGACCCAUGCCAAAUCUUUUCAGUCUCCUGAGGGGGAAAAGGCGUUGUCAUGAUCUCUUCACAACUUUCUUGGUAUGUUUGGACCAUAAUAGUUUGUUGGUGAUGUGGACAACAAGAAACUUGAAACUCUUGACCCGCUUCACUACUGCCCUGUCGAUUUGAAUGGGAGCAUGUUCAGCCCUCCUUUUCCUGUAGUCCACGAUCAUCUCCUUUGUCUUGCUUAAGUUGAGGGAGAGGUUGCUGUCCUGGCACCACACUGCCAGGUCUCUGACCUCCUCCUCAUCAUUGUCGGUGAUCAGGCCUACCACCAUUAUGUUGUCAGCAAACUUAAUGAUGGUGUUGGAGUUGUGCUUGGCCACGCAGUCGUGGGUGAACAUGGAGAACAGGAGAGGACUAAGCACACACCCUUAGGGGCCCCCGUGUUGAGGAUCAGCGUGGCAGAUGUGUUGUUGCCUACCCUUACCAAAUUCCAACCAUGACCAUCCAUCUUCAGAUCCAUGGUAGGCUGCUUAGUGUUAUUCCAAAGUUUUAUGCUGUAUUGUCUAUCUCCUGAAGGUAUGGUCCAUUUAGAAUGAUUCUCUCUCUCUCUCUCUCUCUCUCUCUCUCUCUCUCUCUCUCUCUCUGUCUCUCUCUCUCUCUAUCUCUGUGUUUCUCUCUCUGUUUCUCUCUCUCUCUCUCUAUCUCUGUGUUUCUCUCUCUGUUUCUCUCUCUCUCUCUCUCUCUCUCUCUCUCUCUCUCUCUCUCUCUCUCUCUCUCUCUCUCUCUCUCUCUCUCUCUCUCUCUCUCUCUGUCUCUCUCUCUCUCUCUCUCUCUCUGUUUCUCACUCUCUCUCUUUCUCCCUCUCUCUCUCUAUCUCUGUGUUUCUCUCUCUGUUUAUCUCUCUGUUUCUCUCUCUCUCUUGCUCUCGCUCUCUCUCUCUCUCUCAGAGCUUAUAUCCAAGGUGGCGAUCCAGAAGAAGAUGAAGCUAUUGGCCAACCAGUCCUGUUCAGUGUGGCUGCUGUGCAACGUGUCAGUCUGCUCCAACCUCUCCUACACCUGGGAGAGAGGGAAUGAGACGUACAGGGACGACCAGCAGAUACACUUCUCUCUGUCACCAGCAGACGGAGACAUCAGUGUAACCUGCAACGCCUCCAACUCAGUCAGUUGGAAAUCUGCAUCUACAACAGUAAAGUGUAGUAAUGACACAACAACCCCAGGUAACCAGAUAUCAUAAUAAUCCACUCCAUACACUUUUCAUACAGUGUGCUUCUGUGCUUAUGUUGUCAAAUAUAAUAUACAGUAUUAUGUAAUACAUGCGAUUACAUUGGGUAGAUAUAAUAUACAGUAUUAUGUAAUACAUGUGAUUACAUUGGGUAGAUAUAAUAUAGAACUCUGCAGGCUUUAGCAUAUUGCAGAGUCUAAUCCAGUGGUUCCCAGCUCCAGUCCUCCAGUACCCCCAACAGUACACAUUUUUAUUGUAGCCCGGGACAAGCACACAUGAUUCUACUUGUCAUUAAUCAUCAGGCACUCAUUGAGUUGAUUCAGGGUUUUUUUUUGGUCUGGGACUACAACAAAAAAUGUGUGCUGUUGGGGGUACUAGAGGACUGGAGUUGGGAACCACUGGUCUAAUCCAGUGUUUCUUAGUCCUGGUCCUGGGGACCCAAAGGGGGGCACAAUUUAGUUGUUGCCCUAACACUACACGCUUGAUUCCACUAAGGUAUGAUGAUGAGUUGAUUAGUGGAAUCAGGUGUGUUAGUGCUAGGGCAAAAAAGAAAACGUGGACUCCUUUGGGUCUCCAUGACCAGGUUUAAGAAACACCAGUCUAAAUACAUCUGUGUUAUAGAGUAUGAUACAUGGCUGGCCUGGAAUAGGAUCUACAUCGGGGUACCAGUAGGAGGCGCUGUGGUGCUGAUCCUCACUGUAGCUGUGGCAGUGUAUUACUGCAGGGGCCGCUGUAAC